AUGAGCGCUGCUGAGGCAUUCGCCAUCAAUGCCAAGGCAGUCACCCAGAACUACGACCAGCGCGUCAAUCCCAGACUCAAGUACAACACUGUCUCCGGUAUCACCGGUCCUCUCGUCAUUCUCGACAAUGUCAAAUACCCUAGAUAUAACGAGAUCGUUAACCUUACUCUUCCUGACGGCACCAGGCGUGUUGGUCAGGUCCUCGAAGUCCGCGGCAAGAAGGCCGUCGUGCAGGUCUUUGAGGGUACUUCGGGUGUCGAUGUCAAGAAGACUACGGUCGAGUUCACUGGAGAGAGUAUGAGACUGCCGGUGUCUGAGGAUAUGUUGGGUCGUGUAUUCAACGGAUCCGGUCAGGCCAUCGAUAAGGGGCCGAAGGUGUUUGCGGAGGAUCACCUCGACAUUAACGGGUCACCAAUCAACCCCUACUCCCGUAUUUACCCCGAAGAAAUGAUCCAGACUGGUAUCUCGGCGAUUGACACGAUGAACUCUAUCGCCCGUGGCCAGAAGAUCCCUGUCUUCUCCGCUGCUGGUCUCCCUCACAACGAAAUCGCAGCCCAGAUCUGUCGUCAAGCCGGCCUCGUCAAGUCUCCAACCUCCAAGGGUGUUCACGACGACCACGAGGAUAAUUUCUCUAUCGUCUUCGCCGCUAUGGGUGUCAACAUGGAAACCGCCCGUUUCUUCCGUCAAGACUUCCAGGAGAACGGUUCCCUGGAUCGUGUCACCCUUUUCCUCAACUUGGCAAACGACCCUACUAUCGAGCGUAUCAUCACUCCUCGUCUCGCUCUUACCACUGCCGAGUACCUUGCGUACCAGACCGAGAAGCAUGUCUUGACUAUUCUUACCGACAUGUCUUCGUACGCAGAUGCUUUGCGUGAGGUGUCUGCUGCCCGUGAAGAAGUGCCUGGACGUCGUGGUUACCCUGGUUACAUGUACACUGAUUUGUCUACCAUCUACGAGCGUGCUGGACGUGUUGAGGGAAGGAACGGAUCUAUUACUCAGAUUCCUAUCUUGACUAUGCCUAACGAUGAUAUCACUCACCCCAUUCCUGAUUUGACUGGUUACAUUACUGAGGGCCAGAUCUUCGUCGACCGUCAGCUGCACAACCGUCAGAUCUACCCUCCAAUCAACGUCCUUCCCUCCCUUUCCCGUCUCAUGAAGUCCGCCAUCGGUGAGGGUCUCACCCGCAAGGACCACGGUGACGUUUCCAACCAGCUGUACGCCAAGUACGCCAUCGGACGUGACGCAGCAGCCAUGAAGGCCGUCGUCGGAGAGGACGCUCUCUCACAAGAGGACAAGCUCUCUCUUGAGUUCUUGGAAAAGUUCGAGCACACUUUCAUUGCCCAGGGUCCUUACGAGUCGCGUACGAUCUUCGAGUCCCUUGACUUGGCAUGGAGUUUGUUGCGUAUCUUCCCUAAGGAGAUGCUUAACCGUGUCAGUCCCAAAUUGAUCGAGGAAUUCUACCAGAGGGAGAGGAAGUCUGCUAGGAGGGGGAACAAGGAUACCAGGGAUAAUGAGGAUGAUGAGGUUGUGAGUGCUGCCGCGCAGAACUCGACGCAGACUCCGAAUUUGAUCGAUGCGUAG